AUGGGGGUGUGGGAGUCGUGCAAACCCUUUGUGACUGGCAGCUUGUCCGGGUCCAUAGCGGGCACUAUCGUCCAGCCCAUUGACAUCGUAAAGGUGCGCAUCCAACUCGCCGCUGCAGAAGGUGGCAACACGAGCGUGGCCCACGUAGCGCAGACUUUGCUGAGGCAAGAUGGCCCGGCAGGCUUCUUCCAAGGUAUCACAGCCAUGUACGCAAGGCAGGUGCUCUACACGGGCUCGCGCCUGGGCCUCUAUGAUCAGUUCACGGCCAUGGCGAGCAGCCCAGGAGAGGCGACUCUGCCCUUUUGGAAGACCUCGCUCUGUGCUCUGAGUGCAGGUGGAAUUGCCGCUGUCAUUGGGAAUCCUGCGGAUUUAUCGCUCGUGCGCAUGCAGGCUGACAACCUGCUGCCUGAAGCGCAGCGUCGCAAUUACAAGCACGUGCUUGAUGCCUUCGCCACAAUA